AUGGCACCCGGUAUCACCAUCGACAACACAUUCGACUUCUCGUUCGCCCCACCGCCGACAAAGUCGCAAGACAGAACCCUUCUUCUCGCCCCACCUUCAAUCGCCUCACACCCAGACGCCCUCAACAGCAUUGUCGAAGCCCACGAUCGCAAUGCCACCGAUAUCCAGAUGCUCGAUCGUCUCGCCCUCGGUCUUGUUUCUCUGCCUGCUUCCACAUAUGAUCUGGUCCUUUUACUCACCAACGUCGAUGGCUCGCGUGAGCCACUCAAUCGUGCAAUCAUCGAGAAACUCGUGCCUUCGCUCAAGGCUGGUGGAAAGUUGAAGAGUCAGGAUGGAGCAUUCGGUGCACAGACGUCUUCUGAGCAGACUGAGGCUAUCCUCGCUGGUCUUGUCCAGGAUGCUAGUGGUGGUAUGGCCAAGCCCGCAGCUGCGCAAACCGUCACUUUGAGUUUUGGAAAGAAGAAGAAGGCAAAUGCUGCUGCUGUGCCUUUGAACAACGUCGAAGCUAUCAACAAGACCAUCACUGAGACUGCUGCACCUGCGGCACCUGCUGGAGUUGGUUUCGAUAUGGGCGAUGAUCUGGAUGUGGAGUUUUACGAUGAAGAUGAAGAGAUGGAGUUGCCGUCAAAGGAGGAAUUGCUCAAUGGCUCUACCAUUGACCCCAACACACUACUCAGCGAAGAGGAUCGCAAGCGUCCUAUCGUGAUCCCUGAAGCUUGCAAGCCCAACGGCAAGAGAAGACGUGCAUGCAAGGACUGCACUUGUGGACUCAAGCAAAAGCUCGAUGCCGAAGACAAGGCUAAGCGCGAAGCUGCCGACAGUGCACUCAAGACCAUGAAGUUGGAUACUGACGACUUGGCUGAGGUUGAUUUCACUGUUCAAGGCAAGGUCGGCAGUUGUGGCAACUGUGCACUUGGAGAUGCUUUCAGAUGUGACGGAUGUCCGUACAUUGGACUGCCUGCUUUCAAGCCUGGCGAGGAGGUGCGCUUGCUCAACAACGAUAUCCAGCUGUAA